UUGUAAACAAACGGAGGUUAAUAUUCGCCGGUUGUUGUAAACAAUAUUUUGGGCCUGGGUUUUGUCCGGAGGUGAAUGUGUUGUGAUGGAUUUGGUUCAUCACAAAACAAUCAAUUGCAACCAGGGUGCAGUAAGAGCAGUGCGUUAUAAUGUGGACGGUUCUUACUGCCUGACUUGUGGUUCUGAUAAGAAAAUAAAACUAUGGAAUCCCAAAAAUGGCAUAUUACUCAAAACCUAUGGCGGACACGCCGGUGAAGUGAUGGACGCGGCGGGAAGUUGUGACAGCAGUUUCAUAGUAUCCGUGUCGGCGGACAAAAGCGUUAUUUACUGGGACGUCUCCACAGGGCAACCAGUGCGUCGACUGCGCGGUCACGCGGGAGCGGUCAAAUGUUGUAAGUUCAAUGAGGACUCUUCGAUCGUAGUCUCGGGUUCGACUGAUAACACCGUAAUGUGCUGGGACAUUCGAACGCGCAAAACGGAACCGAUCCAAACGAUGCGAGAAGCAAAAGAUUGUAUAACCUCGCUGGUUGUGACGGAGCACAAGAUAAUAACUGGUUCGCUCGAUGGUUCCAUUAGGCAAUAUGAUUUGAGAGUUGGUGAGCUAACUUGCGACACGAUAGGUGUACCGAUUACCCACAUAGUCCACACGAAGGAUGGCCAGUGCAUUGUGGCAGCAUGUUUAGAUAGCACUAUUCGACUGAUAGAUGUGGAUUCCGGUGAGCUAUUAUCAGAGUACAAGGGACACCGAACGGAGGAUUAUCAUAUUGAAUGCGGAACUGUUCGAAAUGAUUCGAACAUUAUCUCUGGUUCUUCGGAGGGAUGUGCUGUCAUUUGGGAUCUGUUGGAAGCCACCGAACUGCGAAGGCUCAAGAUGGACACGGGCGUGGUACAUUCGCUGUCGAUACACCCUACCGGAAGCGAUAUUUUAUUCGCUAAAAAACGAAACAUUGAACUGUGGGGAGAUACAUCGGAGAGCGAAAUAAUAAUUGAUGAAUGAUUUUGCCAACGCCUGUAAAUAUUUUUAUUUUAGUUUUAUAUUAAAAGUUUUUUUUAUUCUUAUUUAUAUUUGUAUCCUAAUAAACUUACAAUCGUGCUGUAUGUUCAUAAUAUUCCACGCCAGAUCAACCGCCUCAUACAAAUGAUGGAGAGAACCAAAAAUGUUGACUUUUGUUAAUCCUAUUAUCAAUUAAAUUGCAAUUAAUUUUUAUGGCGGCGUAUCCACAAUUAUUGACCUCUCCUUGAAAAAUUAUAGAGCCAUCUGAAUAGAAAAAAAUGAAAUUGAUAUUCACUGA